UUCAAAAUGGAACACGCAUAUCUUUACUCGUCUAACAACGCAAUCAGUUGUACCGUUGAGGCAAUAUAUCGGUUUAUUAUGAUGCGACUUAGUUGAUAUCAAUCCUUGAAUGGUUCGAUUGCUUUAAACCGCAUAGAAAAAUGAAGAAAAUCGACGAAUUUGGGCGUUGCAUUUUCAUUAUUGUUGCGGUCAUUUCACCGUUAACAUUGUCGGCAAGAAUCCUGUGUGUUUUUCAAAUGCCCGCAGUCAGCCACCAGGCCACUUUUAAACCUAUUUCUAGAACACUUUCACUGAGAGGACAUGAAGUGAUUGCAGUAACCCCACACCCUAUAAACGAUCCUGCUUUAAUUAAUUUAACCGAAAUAGAUACCAGUCGGUCAACGUAUGAAAUUAUUUCCAAACAUGGAUUCGAAUUCUUCAUGUCCAAAGAGUUGACGGUGCAAUCUAAAAUCAGAAAAAUAUUUGCCAUGUACAAUGAAUUCGCCGAGGCAAUUUUGGGAAAUCAACAAUUUCGAGAAAUCUACACGGAUCAGAAUCAAAAAUUUGAUUUGAUAAUUGCCCAAAUCUACGUAAGCCCCAUUAUGUUCGGGUUAAGUGAAAAGCUGAAAGCUCCAGUGAUCGGAGUGUCUUCAAUGGGCGGCUGGUCAGGCACUCAUGUAGCUGCAGGAAACCACAAUCCACCCUCGUUGUAUUCUGAAAUGUUUUUACAUUAUAACGGAGAUUUAACAUUUGUCGAAAGAAUCAAAAGCACUCUUUAUUACAUAUGGUCCAGAUUAUACGUCUACUUUAUAGCGAUGCCAAAAUGGGACGCAAUAAUGCGUAAAUAUCUAGGCCAAGAUCUACCUUAUUUGGCCGACAUUGAACGGAAUGUGAGCGCUCUUUUUCUGAAUAUCAACCCUAUUCUUUACACUCCUAGGCCUAUGGUGCCUACUGUUGUUCCCUUGAGUUUUAUGCAUAUUCAACCACCAAAAGAACUACCAGAGGAUAUUGCAACUGAAUUAGAAUCGCCCCAAAAUGGUGUAGUGUACUUCAGCUUGGGUUCGAAUGUAAAAAGCGUAAAUAUUCCCGAAAAAAUACGUUCUCUGCUCAUGAAAGCAUUCGCCGAGUUGCCCUACAAAGUUCUAUGGAAAUUUGAGAACGAAGAGCUAUUGGGAAAACCGAAAAAUGUCGUUAUAAGAAAAUGGUUACCCCAACAAGACAUUCUGGCUCAUCCAAAUGUGAAAGUCUUCAUAAGCCAAUGCGGUCUUCAAUCUACUGAAGAAGCAAUCGACCGAGAGAUACCCAUGGUGGGUAUCCCAUUUAUAGCAGAUCAGGAAAUGAACAGCAAGCGAUUAGCUGCAUGGGGCGUUCUUCGACAUAUUGAUUACCUAAACACAACCAAAGAAGAGUUAGUCGAAACUAUUAUCGAUGUAGCUGAAAAUCCUUCUUACAGGGAAAAGAUGCAGGGCUUGCGACGAUUGAUGCAGGAUGAACCAUGGACAGGCAUACAAAAGGCGGUUUGGUGGGCAGAAUAUGUUAUUAGGCACAAAGGCACAAAACACUUGAAGAGUCCUACCGUAGAUAUCGAAUGGUAUAAAUAUUUGCUAUUUGAUGUAUUUGCCGUUCUUAUUGGGGCGCCGAUUGCGGUUUUGAUAAUUAUCAUUAAACUAGCCAGGAACACAACAGGAAAAACGAAAAAUAAGUCAAAGACUCAGUGAGGCAAACUUAUAUUUGUGAUGAAUGAAUUUUGAAAAAAUUAAAGAAAUAUUUAAUAAAUA